GUGGUAUAAAAUCAGGAUAGAGUCUGUGAGGUAUCUAAUCAGACACUCAUUUGCUCUGUGUUGAAACUCAGAGACCACAAGAUGGCUUUCUCUUGUCCAACUAUGAGAAUGGCUCAGACCUCCUUGAAAAUUAGGCUGCAGGGUUUGGAAUGCCACUUCACCUGGAAGCUGGACUACAGCAGAUCUAAACUAGAAAGCCUCAGAGAAAUGAUGAUAGAUAUCAGCAACAGAGAGGGGGUUCAAUAUUCCUGGGAGGGUUAUCUGUACAACUUCCUGGCUUACCUACACUAUGCUCUGGGCUUCACAGAGGACGCUCUUCAUUGCCUGAAGAAGGCUGAAGAGGCCAUUCGCCAAAGCAGCCAAGAUGGUGUGGAGCUAAGUCUGGUGGUCCACUAUGGGAACCUGGCUUGGGUACACUAUCACCAAGGGGAGCUAACAGAGAGCCAGACCUAUGUGGAGAAGGUGGGGAGACUAUUGCGGGACAACCCCUCGCCCUGCCCAGGUGUAGUAUGGGGCGAAAGGGCCUGGACUUUGAAUAAGUUUGAUGUAAGCAAGAGGAAGGCAGCGGUAUAUUGUUUCCGGAUGGCCUUGAAAGAGGACCCUGAGAACAAGGUGCUGCGCUGUGGCUACGCCAUGGCAUUUAAUAAAUCUGUUGACAGGAAAGACAUUACCCCGAAGCUGCGAUCUGAGAUGUUGGAGCACCUACGGAUUGCUAGAGAAUUGGAUCCAGAAGAUUUGUACAUCACAGUGAUGUACCUUCAGAGGCUUGCAGAGAGUGGCCAGGUUGAGGAAGCAUGUACACUUGCAAAGGAAGUGAAAGAGAAGGCUUUGGACUGCUUUGGUGGAUUUGGAAUCUUGCUAGAUUUUUUCAAAGAAUACGUCUCUCAUGAUUCAAGCAUUGACCUGGCAAGAAGGACCCUGGAGAGACACCCCAAUUCACGCCAGCUGAAGAGACAUCUUGGGAAGUGUUACAAAUGGAAGAUUUUCUCUCUGGAAGAGAAAAGGAACCCAAUGAGGCAUAUUCUGAUUGAAAAUGCAGUCAACCUUUAUGAAGAGGUGGUCGCACUCUACCCCAAAUCCCUUGCUGUAAAACUGGAACUGACUGCCAUGUACAAAGAAUCUGGCAGAUUUGAUAGAGCAGAUAAGAUAUUUGAGGACCUGCUUCUUGAAAUAGAAGGAAUGGAACCACAGGAUUUACAAAAAUUCUACAACUGGUAUGCCCAGUAUUUGUUUUAUGCCAAACAAGAUGCUUCCAGGUCAAUUGAUAUCCACAAGAAGGCAGUAGAGAUUAUGCUACCCACUGGCCAACGUGACAGCAGUGUUCGUGUUUUGUUGUCCGUUGUCCAUAAUGGAGGAGACAGAGCUGAGGAAAUUGUUGACUUUCUGGAUGGACUUGAUAGAGAUGGUGCUGUCAGCCAGUUCUAGACCUUUUUUAACAAUAAAGGCUUGAAUUAACCAGAACUGCCUGCCGAAUAACUCAACUUUGCAUCACCUGUUUAUGAUUGAUUAAUGUGGAAAAUAUAUUCACUAUACCACUAGGACAAAUCUAGGACAAGAUUUUAUUCAGUAACAAUUGAAUACUUUAGUAUUAAAAAUGUCUGCGCUUAAUUUGGCUACAAGGAUUUAUUUGCAUGAUCAACAAUACUAAAACUAGAAAGUAAAAAUUCAAGGCUGAUUGUAAAUCCUAUAAAUAUGUAGGCCUAACAUGACAAACAUCUGUCUCAAAUCCACAGUUUCAAUUGUAUCUGUAAAGGUUUGCUGCACACUAAUGUAGUGUAGACAAACUAAUAUUUUGUUCUUCAAUAUUGCAUUAUAGAGUAGAAAGGCCCUGUUUAGCCUUACAGACUGUCUAUCCAGAUAGGAUCUUAUUGCUUUUUAAAAAAAUUUUAUUGCGGACCUGGCACAAUAGAUUCUGUUUCAGGUAAAUGUAUUUCAUGUCUAAUAUUAUACUGUCUAAUAUCUUGUAAGUUCUUGUGAAAAUAAAGGUAUUCUGUUCUA